AUAAGAAUUUAUUCUUCAUUUUAGCAACAAAAAGACUGCCCUAAUCCCCUCUUUGGCUACUGGAGUAUGCCCAGACCUUUUCAGUAGAAAAAAGGCCUUUCUCCUUGAUCCCAGGCCAGAGUUGAAAUAAAUCUUAACUGGACUUAAAUGGCCCAGCAUCCUCACGUCACCACCGACUUCUUGUUCAAAGGGGUACUUUGGGCGGCAGGUGGAGUUAUAAUUAUAGAUUAGAAAAAAGCACCAUCAGCAGCUGUCACUUCUGUUUGUCCCCAGCUAUAACUGUCAUCAGUGGGCAAACUGGCACAGACAGGCCUCUGCAAGUGGAAAAACAUUUAACCCUGGGCUUGCUACACGCUGGAUCGUCACAGCAGCCGGAGAAUAGGAGGAAACCCGGCUGGCCAGGCGUGAAGGGUAUAAGCCGGAGCACCUCUUCAGGGACAGCAGGACCGUUGAAGAUUUUUCUUCCCUUGGGAGACUCCAAAGAAAUCGAACAAAACUAUCCAAGAUGACUGUCACUUAUUCCAGUAAAGUAGCAAACGCCACUUUUUUUGGAUUUCAUAGGUUGCUACUCAAGUGGAGAGGCAGCAUCUACAAGCUGCUGUACAGGGAGUUUAUUGUAUUUGCUGUUCUUUACACAGCAAUCAGUCUGGUGUACAGAUUGUUACUUACAGGAGCCCAAAAACGUUACUUUGAAAAAUUAUCAAUUUACUGUGACAGAUAUGCUGAACAAAUUCCAGUAACCUUUGUGCUUGGGUUUUACGUUACUCUGGUAGUGAACCGAUGGUGGAACCAGUUUGUGAAUCUGCCUUGGCCAGACAGGCUGAUGUUCCUCAUCUCCAGCAGUGUCCACGGGAGCGACCAGCAUGGGCGCCUGCUCAGAAGGACGCUGAUGCGCUACGUCAACCUCACGUCCCUGCUCAUCUUCCGCUCGGUGAGCACGGCGGUGUACAAGAGGUUUCCCACCAUGGACCACGUGGUCGAAGCAGGUUUUAUGACGGCAGAUGAGAGGAAAUUAUUCGACCACCUCAAAUCACCUCAUCUGAAGUACUGGGUUCCGUUCAUUUGGUUCGGAAAUCUUGCAACCAAAGCCCGGAAUGAAGGCAGAAUCAGAGACAGCGUUGAUCUACAAUCACUGAUGACUGAAAUGAAUCGGUUCCGCUCUUGGUGCAGCCUCUUAUUUGGUUACGACUGGGUCGGCAUCCCACUGGUUUACACACAGGUCGUCACCCUCGCUGUCUACACAUUCUUCUUUGCGUGCCUGAUUGGACGGCAGUUCCUGGAUCCCACCAAAGGCUACGCGGGGCAUGACCUGGAUCUGUACGUCCCCAUCUUCACUCUCCUCCAGUUCUUCUUCUACGCAGGAUGGCUCAAGGUUGCCGAGCAGCUGAUCAACCCUUUUGGGGAAGAUGACGAUGACUUUGAAACAAACUGGUGCAUUGACAGAAACCUGCAGGUCUCUCUUUUGGCUGUGGACGAAAUGCACAUGAGCUUACCCAAGAUGAAGAAGGACAUUUACUGGGACGACUCUGCUGCCCGGCCACCGUACACGCUGGCAGCUGCCGAUUACUGCAUACCCUCCUUUCUGGGCUCAACAAUACAAAUGGGGCUGUCCGGGUCCGACUUCCCCGCCGAGGACUGGCUUUGGAACUAUGAGAAACACGGCCACCGGCACUCGGUGAUAAGGAGGGUCAAACGCUUCCUGAGUACCCAUGAGCACCCCGGCAGCCCCAGGAGGAGGAGGAGUUUCGGCAGGCAGGCCAGCGACAGCUCCAUGUUCUUCCCCCCAAGCCCAGCUCGGGAUCUGCUGGAUGUGCCCUCCAGGAACCCCCACCUAGGCUCACCUACCCGGAAGCAAUCCCACUCCCAAGAGGGCAGCCCUAAGCUGCACUCCAGCAUGGGCGAACUGUCCACCAUCAGGGAGACCAGCCGCACCAGCACGCUGCAGAGCCUGACCCCGCAGUCCAGUGUGAGGACCUCCCCUACCAAAAUGCCCCAGGUCCCCGAGGUCCUAAUCACUGCAGCUGACGCACCAGCGUUCUCAGCAGGCAACCAUCAUCAUGACUCUGCUACCUCCGUCUUGAGCCUCGAGUUCACUGGGGUGCAGCCGAGCGAGACUGAGCAGCAGGCAGAGCCCUCAGGGAAGGCGACACCACCUGGAGACCCCAAUCCCCAGACGAUUUCAGCCGGUACUGAAAGAGACUUGUUCAAGUUUGAGGAAGAUCUAGACGAUGAUCCAUUCCCCAAAAGGUGGAGCCUGCCAGAGUUUCAGGAGUCCAGGCACACCUCCCUGGGAAACUUAGGUCCGGAUCCUGUGCCUCCCGGGGAUGCUCUUUUACUUGACACAGGAACAUCCUCAGAGACCAACGGAACCCAUCCUGGGGCUGUCUCUGCUGUCUCUCCUGACAUCCUGUACUUAAUGGAAAACUUGGAUAAAGAAACAGACAUCCUGGAGUUUAACAACGAGCACACUGAAGAAUCCCCUAAGGGAACACCACAGCACCCCAGGACCUGGUUCUAGCCCAGCUUUCUACGUUACAUAAAGCUGGUCCACAGCAGUCUGGAAACAGCCCUCAGGAACUGGGCAGCAUUUAGAGAAGUGAUCCCACGGUACAAACUACAUAGAACUCUGAAGGGCAUUAUGAUGCUGCAAAUCUCAAACACAUCCACGUUGUCUAGCACAAAGGGGCUUUCAUGAAAGUUAUACAGCCCCAAAUGAUUA